AUGGCCUCUUUCUGCACGAUUGAAAGACUGUGGACGUGCACUACAUUGAGUGAGCUCUCAGUUUGUCGUCUCAUCAACCCCCCUGCUUUCUCUGGAGUGCAGAUCUUCGCCAAUACCACCUACACCAAGUCUACUUGCCUUUUCCGUGUCACUGUUUCGGCGAAUUUCUAUUUCAAGUCUGCAACGACUGUUACCAUCGGAGGGCUUAAGUUGAGCACAAAUCAGACGACUGUUGAUAUUGUCAGCACCGACUUGUCUCCCAAGGCCUCAUGGGAUAUUACAUCAGGGUUCCUCACUGUCAACGUCACGAAUCCUGACACAAAUUUUUUGUUCUUCACUCUUGUUGGUUCCAGCCCCCUCGUUCCGCAAACCGCAGUCCAAGUUGAAGCCUCUUGUUUCCAGUGCAUCGCAGAUUUGCCCAACACUUCUGUUCCCACAUUUUCUGCACAAUGGCCUCUCAGCUUCACAGACCUCCCAAAACCCUCAUGCGUUCUUCCACGCUUUGGUCCAAACUGUGAGUUCACAUGCCAAGGGUUGGUUGUCGUGGACAAAUGUGUGUGUUUGACAGGCCAGUUUGGUUUCACAUGUAACCAAACAGCUGUCAAGCUAGCUGACAGCCCUCCUCCGAAACAAGUAGUCCCUGAUGCUCCAGCAACCAUCACGUCUAGCAGCGGAAUUGGUGUUAGAAUCCCUGCGGGAGCUCUCACGAGUGGAAUCACGAUCUCUGUGGAUGUCUAUGAAGUGAAGAACCUUGACGUCGGCGUCCAGAAGGACACCAUCACUCCUGCUGGGCCAGUCGUUGUAUUCGAGCCAUCUGGCAUAAGGUUUGAAAAGCCAGUGGAAAUCUUCACUCCCUUUGACCCCACCAGGAUUCCACCAGGCAAGUCCGCGUUCGUCUUCUACAACAAUGAGUCAGCGUUCCCUCCCUGGCAAAGACAAGAAAGUGAAGUGGUUCCGGGAAAGAACCUCACAAGGGCUCUUGUGUAUCACUUCUCAGGAUACAUGUCUAUGGCUGCCGACCCGCCAGUAAUCCCUUCCCUCUCCUCCAACGCCUCCGUCGUUGUCACGGUCUCCAGCACCCCAGCAUCGUCAACAACAACCCCAAAGCCCUACGCGGCCCCUCUUGGGUUGAUCCUCGGGUUGAUUGGCGGCGGAGUUGGAGUGAUGGUGACUAUGAGUGCAUCCCUGGUGGUAUAUCGAUACUCCAAGAAAGCAAGGCAGGCUGAAGACAUCGUGGAGGAGUUUUCUCCAGUCAUGGCAGAUACUGGCCUGGCCUCAGCUUCUCUUGUAUUGCAUGAUAACCCUGAAGGUCUUCCUGACUCCAUGACUCGAGAAUUGAACGGAGAACGAGGGCAGCAGCAGCAGCAGCAGGAUGAGCAGCAGCAGCAGCAGCAGGAUGAGCAGCAGCAGCAGCAGGAUGAGGAGCACGAGCACGAGCACGAGCACGAGCAGCAGACACAUCUUGAUGAAGAAGCAGAAGAGCCGAUUUUCCAGGAGAUCGAACAAGAAUCUACAGUCUCUCCGCGUUUGAUCGAAGCACAGGGCAGCGUUCUCGGCAGGUUUUGGCCUGCUCAGAUAUCGUUGGAAGGAGGAUCGGUCUCAGCUUCCAUCGUCAUGCAGGGCAGCGAGUUGCCGUCAGCGCAAAGCCCUUCCACGCCCUCGUACUACCAGAGAGAGACAGUGACAAGUGAUGACGAGUCAGAGAUCGCUGAGUUGAAGACGGAGGACUUCCCUUCCUUCCGCUUCCCCCGGCAUCCUCCUGCUAGCGGCGCCGUCUUCGUGUCUAGCUUCCUCUACUCCUCCCAGGACCUCGCUCCCAUCGACGCAGAGCCCGACGAGUUCCACGAGGCCUAUCCGGCGUCACCGGGCACAAGCAUGACUUCAAAGACUAUCAUCUUGUAA